AUGGACACAACACGAUCCCCACACGCUCCUAGUCGCACUAGCGUUGAAUCGCCCGGUCUCAAAUUGCGGGAGAGUUGCAACCGCUGUGCCGCAUCGAAGAUCAAAUGCAGCAAGGAAAAGCCGACCUGCGCUCGCUGCACAAAACAAGGCAGACCAUGUGAAUACUUUGCUACCAAACGUGCAGGACGCAAGCCCGGGAGCCGAGUAUCCCAACCCAUCCCAGUGACCCGAGAUCAGAAUAUACCCGCUACGAUACCAACGACCACGGCAGCAGUGACGGUGACGGCGGCGGCUCCCAUUUCGACAAUCGAUCUAUCAGAGCCGGAGAUGAUGCAGCUGUCACCCGUAUCACCGCCGGGGGCCUUUCCAGACAUCUUUUCGGGACCUUCGUCCUUAGAUGAUCCCUUGGGAGAUCAGACAAUCUCGACUCCAGCCACCUUGGAUUUCAAUUUCACCGAUUUUUCCACCUCCGACGUCGCGUUUUCAAUGCUGGACCUACCCGAUGCAAUUGAUCUAACAGACUCGUCCUACUUUCAUCAUUUGGGCGGAGCGAACAAUUUAUCCGACUGUGGUCGAGCUACCACGUUACCUCCGCAAUUGUCCGCCGUUGACGCGGCGGUCGCUCCAAAUGUUGCUCCGCCGCAAAAUCCGACGGACAUUCGACCUGCUUCGGCCGACGGGCAUAGCUCAGGGCAGAUUUGCAGCUUUGCUCGCGCCCUGACCCUUCUCAAAGAUACUCCUUCAUCCGCCUCAUGCACUUGGUUAAAUCAAAUGCCGGUGGAAAGUCAUGCCGGACUCCACCCCGUGCGGACCAUCCAAUCCGUCAUGACAGAAAAUGAGCAGACAGUCCAGGUGAUUAGCGAUAUCUUACAAGAGAAACCUGUGGAAGAUGGGUAUCUACUGGCGGUACUAUCCGUGAUCAUUUUGAAAGUGCUGGCUCGGUAUGCUGCGGUGUUACGACAAAUACCGGGACUAGGUGGCGACGCUUCCGAAUGGAAUUCUCCAGACUCAGGACAGAUGGAAUUGCUGGAGGACAUCUCCUGCACUUAUCGCGAGACCCUAAGCCGAAAGGUCGCGCAGCAGGUUUUUGGCCAGCUCCACCGCGUGCAGCGAUUGGUCAACAUCCUCUCCCAAUGCUUCCAAGCCGACGGCGGACGUGCGGAACCCCAGAAUCUCACCAGCACAGGCGUUUCGGAUAAUAUAUUGUGCAUGGAAAGUUUGUUCCCUUUUUCUCAUUGUAUGUUGGAGCAGUUUGAGAAUGAUUUACGCAAGCGUCUCCGUGCCCUCUCCGCGGAUAUUGUGGGCAGGCUUCGCUGA